AAACUUAAAUCUCAAUUCUCCUUAUGUCCUUUUGUUGUAUGUUUUGAAACCAAAUACACAGAUAAUAUGUUCAACUCCUUACAAUGGCUAGAAAAUUGUACCUAUUUGUCUUAUGUUUUUGCCCUUCCAGUACUCAUUUCCUUCCUUGUUAUGAGUCUCUUCAUGACUAAAUCUAAAACCAAAAAAAAUCAUCCCCCUUCACCCCUAAAAUUACCAUUAAUUGGUCAUAUGCACAAACUAGGCUUGUUUCCUCACCAUUCUCUACACAAAUUAGCUCAACAAUAUGGACCUUUGAUGUUCCUUAAACUCGGUAGCGUAAAUACUCUUGUUGUUUCCUCAGCUGAGGCAGCUUCCGAAAUCAUGAAAACACAUGACCUUAUCUUCUGCGACAGGCCUAAAUCCAACGUCAACAAGAAACUUUUAUACGACUUUAAGGAUGUCUCUGUCGCGCCUUAUGGUGAUUACUGGAGACAAAUGCGAAGUAUAUGUGUACUUCAAUUGCUUAGCAACAAAAUGGUUCAUUCUUUUCGUGUUGUGAGGGAAGAAGAGACCGCCUUGUUAGUCAAGAAAAUUGAGGAGAGAUCACCAGAGGCAGUGAAUUUGAGUGAAUUGUUUAUGACACUUACAAAUGAUAUUGUGAGUAGAUCAGCUUUUGGGAGGAAAUAUAGUGGAGGGGAGAGUGGAGAGAAGUUUAGGAAAUUGAUGAAGGAGUUUGUGGGAAUAUUAGGUGGAUUUGAUUUUGGGACUUUUUUACCCUCACUUGCAUGGAUUGAUAGAGUAAGUGGUUUAGAAGCAAAAGUAGAGAGAAUUGCCAAGGAGAUGGAUGAGUUUCUUGAAGGAGUAGUGGAAGAACAUUUAGAUAGUCAUAAAAGAGUGAAGGAAUUGUUGGGGGAAAAAGUGGAAAAUGAAAACAGAGAGGACUUUGUUGAUGUUUUGCUUGGGAUUUACAAGCAAAACAGGGUGGAUGGCUUUGCUAUUGAUAGAGAUGGCAUCAAAGCUCUCAUUCUGGACAUAUUUGCGGGUGGAACAGAUACAACUUACACUGUGUUGGAAUGGGCCAUGACAGAGCUUCUAAGGCACCCUGGAGCCAUGAACAAACUCCAAAACGAAGCGAGGGAAAUAACUAAAGCAAAAAAUGGAAUAGUAUCUGAGGAUGACUUGGACAAAAUGCAUUAUUUGAAAGCAGUGAUUAAGGAAACCUUGCGAUUACAUCCUCCGAUUCCUCUGUUAGUUCCACGACAAGCUAGACAAGAUGUUAAGGUAAUGGGGUACGACGUUGCUGCUGGUACAAUGGUUAUAACGAAUGGUUGGGCAAUUGGAAGGGACCCUGAAAUUUGGGAUGAUGCAGAGGAGUUUAAGCCGGAGAGAUUUUUGAAUUCUUCCAUUGAUUUUAAAGGACAUGAUUUUGGAUUGAUACCUUUUGGUGCUGGAAGAAGAGGAUGUCCUGGAAUUUCUUUUGCAAUGGCUACUAAUGAGCUUGUACUAGUAAAUGUUGUGAGGGAAUUUGAUUGGGAAUUGCCAAAUGGAGCAAAGGGGGAUGAUUUAGAUAUGACAGAAUGCACUGGCUUAACUAUUCACAGGAAAGUUCCUCUGUUUGCUGUUGCAACUUCAAACUAACUCCUAAUUUUUUGCUUUUUCAUUCACACCUUUUUGGAUGGU